AUGCAAGGCCCUGUUGACCUUCAACAACGCCGACGAAAAGUCCAACACCUCCAGAUGGUCAUGGAGAAUAUUGGGCAAUUGGAGCUGAUCCACAACGGCUAUCGGUGAGAUUUUGCGUUAGUUUGAAAGCUUAUUGCAUUGUUUCUUAUAUUCAAAUAGCCUUUAAUUGAUUUGGGUUGGUUAUCAGACAUUUUGGCACCUAUUUUAGACAGCAGGUAUAGCUGACCUAAAAUAAGAUAAUUUUUGAUCAAAAAAUCGUAUUUUCGUCGAAAAUGAAAUACGGAGAGAUAGUAAAUAUCAUUCUAAAGCAUUUACAAUAUUGUAUAGCAAUCUUAUAUCCAAAUUUUCACCAAAAAAUCCCAUUUUUCCCACAAUAAUCAUCAUUUUUUCAGCGCUCUUGCUCCUCACUUUGCUGGUGGUUUCGAUGAAGAACGAGUCUUUGGAGGCCAUAUUCUAGCCCAAUUCUACUUGGCGGCCAAACAACUCCGCGACGAUGCGGCCAUUCAUCGGAUUGACGUCAAUUUUUUGGCCGCCGCUUCGACCGAGACCCCAAUCAAUUAUGAAAAAGUCAACGAAAGGGGUGAUCUGAUCUGGUUCGAGGCUACACAACAAAAUAGAUUGGUCGACAAGAGCAUUGUCAAGGUGAGCAUGGGGUUUUUUCCCCUAAAUUUUGCCAUUUUUUGUUAGAAAAAUAGUGAUUUUUCAAGUUUUUUUGACCGAUUUUGGCUGUUUUUUGAAGAAAAUUGAUACAAAAAAUCUAUUUUAUUCAAGUUUAACCCCUAAUUUUUCAGUUUAAAUCUAUUCCAUCCACAAGACCACGUCGACCCGCUCCUCAAAACCCUCCAAUCAAGGAGUUUCUCGACCUUCCCGCACCAAAUUCCUGCCCUCUAAUGGAAGAUGCCCUAAGGUCCGAAGUGAUCGAUGAAAAUCUCCAAACCACCGGUCCCGGCUACGACUUUAUGUUCAGCCGACAAAGCCGUGAUCUCUUCGAAGUGCGUUUCAUCAAUCCCACUCACUUGAAGAGUGCUCGAGGCCCGAUUAAAAACUAUAUGAGACUUCGAAAGGAGCUCCGCGACGUCCCAAUUAACGAUCCAAUGGUGGUGCCGCUCCUCAUCAGCGACUACUUUGCGUGCUUGCCGGUCACGGUGCUGACCGAGAAGCUGCUAAUUCCGAUCGAUUCGGUGGCUUCGCUGAAUCAUAAGGUGAUGAUUCACACGGAAAAGUGCGAUGUAAGUUGGAGGACAAGUGCAAUAUAAAAAAUGGCGAAAAAAAUGUUAAAUAUAUAGAAAAAAUUAGUUCUGUUACUAUGUAAUUAGAAUAGAAUGUAAAAUACGCCAAAAUACAUGCUGUUUAUAAAAUUUUCAAAUUUUCCGGUUUUCGCUGUGAGACUCAAUCUUCCUCCAAAAAAAUUCCAUUUUCUUCGCAAUUUUGUUCAAAUUUUGCCUCAGGCAACAUCUAAAUUUGUCAGAAAUUUAUUUCUUAGACUAUUUUCUACACUAAUUUUCCAAUUUACCCACAAAAAUUACUGUAAUUCCGAAAAAAUCUCAAAUUUUGGGUCCCAACACGAAAACUUGAAAACCCCGAAUUUUGCCAUUAUUCGCUCUCUGAAGUAAUUUGGAGCACUUCUCUGAUCCAGCAAUCAAUUACGACUCUCCCAAAAUGGGGUUUCCAACUCAAAAUUUAUGGGUUUUCACGGCGCUCUGUCAACGAGACGCUGCGACUGGCUGAUUUUCGGUCUCACCACGCGCUGAGAUCAACCGGAGUGUCUUAAACAUUGUUAUUGGGGGAAUAGAAACUUUUCGUUCAGCUAUUUUCGGAGUUACAGUAGGGCGAAAAGGAUUUUUUUAUGUGAAAAACCUCAAAAUGUCUCAAAAUUUUUUUGUAUUUACUUGUAAUAAUGAUGAUUUUUUCAGCCUAACGGAUGGUUCAUUCUCGAACUCGACUAUGAAGCCGCUUCCAGCACUGGUUUGGUUUUGGGCCGCGUCGCGGCCGAAGAUGGGACCCCAAUUCUCAAUUUCUCUCAACAAUUCUACUUGCAACUCGAUGAACGGCCAAAAUUGUAA